ACUGAGCCAAGCUGAAAUAUUCGUUUGUUGUUGUUUUUUCUGCUCCUAGCCUGUUGUCGCUGUUAGCUCAGCGGUUAGCCUGAUGUUUGCUUCCACUGACUUUCUCUCCGUCUAAAAUGUUUUGGAAACCUCUGUGCUGCGAGGCGUGAAAUCUCACAGAAAAACAAGUAACGCGUUUAUCUUCUGUAAGUUCGUCGAAAUGUCUUCUUCUGAACAGCAGUGCUCAUUCAAGAGGUUUUAUUUUAGGCAUUUUAACAAGAACGUGUAAUGUCUGAACGGUUAUUUGCGGCCAACCUUAUUCAUGUCGAGCUUAUCAGGAACAUAGAGCUCAGCUUAAGAAAAAUGAAAAUGGGACGCAUCUUCCUGGAUCAUAUUGGCGGGACGCGCCUCUUCUCUUGCGCCAACUGUGACACCAUCCUGACGAAUCGGUCCGAACUCAUCUCCACUCGCUUCACUGGAGCCACAGGCAGAGCUUUCCUCUUCAACAAGGUGGUGAACCUCCAGUACAGCGAAGUGCAGGACAGAGUGAUGCUCACUGGCAGGCACAUGGUGCGGGACGUCAGCUGCAAGAACUGCAACAGCAAGCUGGGCUGGAUCUACGAGUUUGCCACCGAGGACAGCCAGCGGUACAAAGAGGGCCGCGUCAUCCUGGAGAGGGCGCUGGUGAGGGAGAGCGAAGGCUUCGAGGAGCACGUCCCCUCGGACAACUCCUGAGUUCCCGGACCCGCUGGCGCCCUCCCGCUCCGCUCCUGCCUCCCCUCAACGCUGCACAUCAUCACCUGCACAGUCAGGUGGGGGGAGGUUUUGGCUUCAGCUUCCCUCUCCUUCCCCGACCUUUGACCUCUAGCGAUUUUUAAAAAAAAAAGAUAAAUAAAUAAAUCGUGUGCUGGAUAGGCAGCCCCCUCCAACCCCCCAAAACUAUUCCCAAAGUCCCUCACCACAGCUGUAACGAGGUGUCCCUUCACUCACCCGCAUAAGCAUGAUCACUGAGUUUACAUCCGACACACUUUGACGCUAACUGAGUUCAUGGAGGAAACAUGGACAUGCCUGAGCUGUUUCUGUUUAUGGAAUUCAGAGAGAGCCGACUCUCUUUGCAGAGCGUUGUAAUAUGAGCCUCUACUUCUAAUUUUUGUGAUAUUUGUGCUCCCGUGUUGUGUUGUGUUGUGUUGUGUUGUGGGACCAUCACUUCUUCACACCGAAUGCAUUCAAGACACCAACAUGGCUGUUUAUUCUCCGUCGGUUAAUUAUUAUUUUUUUCUUCUUAGCUUCUGGCUUAACGGACGUAGUGGUGUUCUAAAAAUCUCCGUUCUCAUACAAGCGAUACAGUGAGGACCGCACAGAAUGAUGUCAUAUUUGAAUAUUCUUUGUGCUCAACAGUGAUUCAGCUCCUGCUUCGAUAGUGUACAUACGAUUUGAUUGAUGCGACCUACAGCUUCUGCUCAUGAUGUGAAAGUGGUGGCGUUGUAGUUGUUACCGUGGAUGCUGGGCCUGCCUGUGUGCCGUGUGAAGAGCAAAGUGUCACUGUGACAUCCUUCUUGUUUAGAAGUCCUUGUUUAUAAGAUGACGAGUGCUAUCUGAAAGUAGCUGUGACUCCGAGCUCAACGCAGAAUAUUAGGGUUUGCCGUUUUAAACACGAGCUCUCUGCUGAUGCUGCCCUCAGCAUGAUGACCCACUCUUUAUAUAACCUACAGCUUGGGGCAUAUUUUUGUCAUCAGAUGACUUGUUUUAUAAAAACCAAAAGCCAGGCGAGCUUUAAUGGGGUACUUAGCCCUUAAUUUUGGACUCUGUUUUUAUAAUCAAAUUGUAUGGAAACUUUUUUUUUUUUAUGACAUGUGAUGUUAACGUUAGAGUUUUUUGGGGUGCAGUUUGAUACGGUGCUGGUUAGAAGUUUACAUAAGGCUCUUCAUCAUCAUCACAUCAUGUCAUAAGUUUGGACGUAUUUAGUCAGUAGAUUUUAACAACUAUUUGGUGCACAAGUUUGAAAUUAUUGCUGUUUUUUUUCUGAUUUACAAAGGUUCAGAACUAUACAUUUAGGCUCAGAUAUAUAUACAUCCUCUUCCCACACAUCUCCCCCUGUACUAUUUGGUUAAAUUCCUUUCGAGAGUUCCAACACAAAGCCAUGUUUUGGAGCCACUGACCUGAAAAUGAUAGAGCAAGUUUAAGCUUUUAAAUUCAGAUUGUUGAGGACAACUUGCUUCUCGUUUUCAGAACCUUGCUCGUGUCCUGCUUUAUCCAUUCCAGGCUGUAUGUGUGUUUGGGACAGAAGACGGAAGGAGAUUGGCUACAAAGUUCACAGAUAUAAUGACAUGAAAUUGCGAUAUCACUGAAUAACGCUAGGACUUUUCACUCUUCUCUUUGUUUACCGUCAUCAUGGCGACCAGUCACAAAGAACCUGAUCAGAAAUGAAAAUAAAAGACAGGAAACAAACAUCCAUCGUCAAAUUUCCUUUUGGUAAACCGAGUUUCAGUGCCUGCCACCACAAACAUAAUGGCAUCCAAGCAGUCCUUUGCAGUUGUGUGAUAUUGUGCAUACUGCACAAUGGUGGUGGUGGUGGUGGCGUUGCCAGUAGUACCAGUGCAUUGCAAGGUGGAUGGAAUAAUGAAGACAGGACUCGCUUCAACAUCUACACCUUCACCAGACGCCAACAGGCUGAAACUUGGACAAUGAUCCCAAACACACACAUUAAAACUGGGUUAGUAAUGAAUAAUGCAGACCAAAAUUAAACUUCUUAUAUGUGACCCAUGCCUCGAAACUUUUGAGAACGUGUGGAUGAUGCUAAAAAAAAAAAGUCAGGCGUAUGCCGAGAAACCAACCAGUUGAAAUAAAAUCAACCAAUUCCAAUUGUGCCAGAGGCAUGCGAUUUAGGUACAACUUACUAAAUGACGUCGAACCAAAAGUCGAUGGUGAUGUAUGUAUAGUUUAGAGAGAAAAUCAAGAGUACGCUGUGUUAAUUAAAAUAAUCAUUGAAGUUGUAUGGUCAUUCCACCCUGAAAUACAGACAGCACCAUUUGAUGCCCUAAAUGAAUAUUCAUGGGCUUGUGUAAACUUGUGACUGACUCUGUUUUUAUGAAUGUAUGUAAGUUGUUACCAAAAGGGCCAAACCUUCAAUAGAUAGAUCCUUAAAAGUUUCGUUGGUCACACAAUGGAUUAUUUCUGCAUGCAGAGUAGUAAUAGUAAUAAUAUAUAGUAUUCUGUUGUUCAGCUUUUGCAUUUUAGUCAAGACAAAUUGAUUUAUCUGCUUUGUAUUAUAAGUUCUUUUGUGAUAAUAUUUUUUUUGAAUUAAAAGAUUAUUGUUUUUUUUGCUGUGGCUAUGAUCAGAUUUUCUCUAAUGUGAUUUCUAAAUAAAUUUGUGGUCUUGUUGA